UUAACUUCAUUUUUCUAAAUAAUGAAAUGGACAUUAUAAAAUUAAUUUUUCCAAUAAUUGUAACAUUACAACAAAAUCCUUAAAGGAAAAAUAUUUUUUAUAACAUAUUUUUGCGUUCAUAGAAUGACUAUAAUGGGUGAUAGAGAUAUUCCAAGUGUUCCAGUGACAACAUUGGCUGGUUUAACAAGCAUAUCCGAUCUAUUAAGUGAACUCCCAGUGUCGCAGUCAUUCUCAACUGUCUCGUCUUUAGAUAAAUCGCUAUUAUUCCAUGCGUUAGUUGCAGAGGAAUCUUACAAUUUAUUGUCUGUGAGAGAUGAUAAUUUAGUUCGACAGCUUGUUCAAGCUAUUGAACAAACUAGUGCCGAAAAUAUAGAAUUGAAAAGUCAAUACGCCAUAAGUCAGCCUCAAAUUAAUAUUAGUGAAUAUCCGGAAUUACUCAAAGGGAUAUAUACGUUCAAGCCUACAGUUUUCAACACUCCAAAAAAACAUCAUGGACUUCCUAACACACAAGCAAAUUUUACUUCAAAUGUACAACAUAGUUCAGGUAUGCAAUUACGGGGGACAACCCAAACAAUUUCCAGUCAAAAAGUACAAUCAUCAAUUGGUGCUAUUGCUACUCCUACAAUUCAAUCGACAAACACAGAGAAAAUUGUUAACCAGCAGGUCAUACCUGGAACUAAAGUAAUCUUGCAACAGCAAACCCAUCAAGUAAUUACUAGUCCCGUUGAAGUAUACUCCCAAAAUAGGGCUUUACGAUCUAAAGAAACGAAAAAACAAUGUGAGGCCAAGCCAAAUUUCACUGAGACGAAUUCUUCGGCAAGCAUUCAAGAAAUAUCUUACAAUUUUCAAAGUGGUCAAGCAGAAAGCGUAAUUUCUAAUCCUGUGCAUGUUAUUCAACAUAAUAUUGCAGCUCAUAAUCAAAAUAAUAUGAAAACUACUUCAAAUUCAAAAUUGAAUGAAGCAUUUCCUGCACAAAAUCCGAAAGAUAAGGAGAAAACUACUAAACUUUCUCAAAAUCAAAUACCGGGGACUAAUGUUAUAUUACAUACGAAAAUUAAUUCAGAUAUUGCUGUUCCGGUUGAAAGUAUUCAAGCAAAAGUGAAUGAUAGUCUUUCAGAUUACAAAAAUUCAAAAGUAGAUAAAAGUCAUCAACAGCAACUUCCAAAGCAGUUGCUUUCUAAUGAAACUACGGUUAUUCAACAUAACGUCUCUUUUGAUAACAAGCAGCAACAACAAAAUAUUGAAAAGAAUCAAUCAUUAAGUGUGAUUACACCUAGUCCGAUUCUUCAACAGCAAAUUGAUUUGCACCAACAAUCAAGCCAAAUAACUUUGCGGGAAAAAUCUCUUCAAACAAAGCAGCAACCGCAAAUAGAACAGAAACAGCAGCAAGAACAGCAUGAGUUACAACAAAAACAAGAAGCGAUUCAACAACAGCAAUUACUAUUGCAACAACAGAAACUAUUGCAUCAACAACAGCAACAACAGCAACAACAAAAGUUACAGCUGCAACAUGAACAACAACAGCAAAAACAGCAGCAUCAGUUACUACAGCAUCAGCAGCAGCUUCAGCAACAACAGCAGCAACAACAACACCAACUGCAGCCACAGCAACAACAACCGCAAAUACAACAACAACAACAAACACAAAUGCAACAACCACUACAAAAACAACAUCCAAAAUUGCAGAGACAGCAACUGCAACAUCAGCCGCAAAAUCAGCUCCAAGUCCAACAACACGGGCCGCAGACACAGCAGCUACUCCAGCAACCGCAAAAUCCGCAACAAAAGCUUACUCAAAAACCUAUACAACAAUCUCAACAGUCUCAUCAACAAUUUCAGCAGACACCGCAGCUGACGCCUCUUCAGCAGCCGUCACAAGUUACUCCGCCUAAAGUAACGGAAUUAAUUGCACCUUUUAAAGCUACGGAACCUAAUACAGCAGUUCAAAAUAAAGGCUUGCCACAUACAAAUGAUGUGUCGAAUACCUCAGAAAUUCCUUUUAAAAACGAAACAAGUGAAUGCAAUAUCAAACAAGUUAGCUCAAACCAAUUGAAUUCAGAGAAUCAAAAUAAUAUUCAAAUAUUAAAGGAAGAGGAACCUGGAGGAAACGAAGUUAAAGUAGAUCCGUUAAAAAUUGAUAAUGAAGCGUUAGUUAAUAAAAAAAUAAAAGCAAAUGGAAAACGAAAACUUAAUUGUAAGGUUCGCAUUAGAAAAAUUAAAAAGCAGCAUACAGUUUUAAUAUUAAAAAGUAUAAAAGAAUACACAAAAAAGUUUCCCUCUUCAGCGAAAAAAAUGAACUUACUAUUGGAAGAAACCAAGCCUCAAGACAUGUUUUCGAAAAUGAAAGCUGAUGAAAGGCGAAAUCCUAUAAAAAGAAAAGUUCCCUCAGUACCUAACGAAAUUCCACCAGAAGAAAUUAUAUCAAAACCCAAAUUAAGAAGGGUAGAAAGAGUGAUUGUAAGUACCAUAGCGAAAACAUCAAAAGAAGAACUGCAAAAAUCUCAAACUUAUCAACAGUUUAUGAAAAACAUUGAUAACAUUAUAGAGCUAUUAGAUGAUACGGAACAACCUAAUUUUAAUUCGGAAGAAACGGACGAAACUAUAGAACCAAUACCAUCCAAAAUGUUAAGUCUUCUUAGUAAUGAUGUAGCAAAAUUAAAAGCCAAGGGUGUUUUAGAUUUGAUACCUAAAAAUAAAUUAACUUUACUCAUAAACUAUGCAAUGAGAAGUAUUUAUCUUGCCAGAAACUACUCUUCUGGUCCAGACGUUGAAGAAGACAUGUUUGAUGAAGAAAUUAUGGAAAAGGUUUUAAACGCCGUUGAAGCUACGCUUUUAAUUUGUAAUAUAUAUUCAACAGUAGGCGAUUUAAAAUUUUUGCAAGAAGACAAUAUAGCGUCGAUAAUAAAAUUUGUUCAAUUUCAAUUUCGAGAGACAAUUUUCCCUUCGUAUGAUCCCGUAUAUAUUGUAAAAAAUAUGAAGAAGACUGGUGGGGAAAACAGGAAGAAAACAAAAUCUCAGCAUAGUCAUAAUAGAAGUCUGCAAUUAUUUUAUUCAAAAAUUGUUGAACUAAUGAAAGUUCUCGUAACGCUUUUCGAUAAAUGCAUUUUCGUUGAUACAAUUAUUUUACCGCUUUCCACUUUGGCUAUUGAGCCUUUUUUUGUGGACAACAUUGAAACAUUACAAUUCGUUUGUUUAGAAUUAGUAACAGCACUAUUUAGAAAAGAACAAUAUGUAAAUAUGCGAAGUAGUAUACUAGGUGAUAUUUUGGCAUCAAUUGAUCGAUUACCUUGUUCAAAAAAAAAUUUAAGACCUUUUAAGUUGGCAAAUAAUGGUGGAAAUAUUCAAAUGAUAACGGCUUUAGUAUUACAAUUAAUUCAGUGUGCAACAAUACUUCCGGAAUCCUUAAAUGAGAAACCAAACAAGAAGCAAAAGUCUUCUGUAUCUGGAAAUAAUGAAGAAAUUGAAAAUGGGAAUUCAAGAAAUUCAACCGACAAAGAUAUAAUUGUUUUAGAAAAGUAUGAUACAGCUCUCAGUAUCGGUGGUAACUUUCUGACUACAUUUUUAAGUAAGUGUAAAAGCAGAACAAAUGAAACUGAUUUCCGUCCGUUAUUUGAAAACUUCAUCCAUGAUUUAUUGGCUACUGUAAAUAGACCAGAGUGGCCAGCUGCUGAAUUAUUAUUGAGUCUGUUAGGUACAUUAUUGGUGAAAUACAUGUCAGAUAAAAGUAUCGAGCAAGCUAUUCGUCUAGCUUCCUUGGAUUAUUUAGGCAUUGUUGCAGCUCGACUAAGAAAAGAUAUAGUUGAGUCGCGCUGUAAAGUAAAUACCAUGGAUCAAAUGAUUAAAUCAAUUAAAGCUGAACAAGAAAAGGAAGGUGAUUUAGAUGAUAAGGAUAGUAAUAUUGUUCUAGAUCCAGAUGAAGAAAGAGUUAUAUUUUUACAGAAUAUUUUAUUAGAUUUUUUAGCUGUUAAUGCACAAGAAGAAAACUUAAUUUGGGAUUACGCGAAAAAUUUUUAUUUAGCACAAUGGUAUCGUGAUGUUAUACAACAGAGAAAACGGGUAACAGAGGGUGAUAAAAACUAUGCUUAUCGUAAGAAAAAAAAUUCAAGUAAACGCAAUAGACGAAAACCUGGUGAUAAAUCUGGUAGUGAUGAGGAAGAUUCUAUUGAAGAAAUUAGUGACGACGAUGAUUUAAAAGAUAGUAAAAGAAAGGGUGAUGGUGUCGAUGUGAAGCUAAAUUUAGAAAUAUUUCAAGCAUUAGAAGAACGGAAGAGGUUUUUACUACGUAAGAGAAAGCCAUUUCACUCAAGUAGUGGUGGGAAUACAUCACAAUACAUCAAAACAUAUAUUGAUUACAAUAAUGCGCACUUAAUUGCACAGUAUUUAGCUAGUAGAAGACCAUUUAGUCAAUCGUUUGAUAAAUAUUUACAGAAAAUAAUUCUCGUUGUUAGAGAACCAGCAAUAGCAAUUCGAACACGAGCCAUGAAGUGUCUUGCUAAUAUUGUUGAGGUUGAUCCUUUAAUAUUAAAACGAAAAGAUAUGCAAAUGGGUGUAAAUCAGAAAUUUUUGGAUACUGCUAUAUCAGUUCGUGAAGCAGCUGUAGAUUUAAUCGGAAAAUAUGUGUUAAGUAAUGAAGACUUAAUAGACCAGUAUUACGAAAUGCUAUCAAAAAGAAUUUUAGAUACUGGAGUUUCAGUUAGAAAACGUGUCAUAAAAAUUCUACGUGAUAUUUGUAUUGAAUAUCCUGAUUUCGAUAAAAUACCCGAAAUAUGUGUUAAAAUGAUAAGACGUGUAAAUGAUGAAGAAGGAAUACAAAAAUUGGUUACUGAAGUUUUCAUGAGUAUGUGGUUUACACCAUGCCCAACAAAUGAUAAGAUUGCCGUGUAUCGAAAAAUUAAUCAAAUCAUCGAUGUUGUAAAUACGGCACAUGAUACUGGAACUCUUUGGCUCGAUGGCUUAUUGACAAGCAUAUUUACUCCGAAAGAUAACGUUACAAAAGCUGAAACCUCGGCCGACAUUGUAAAAAAAAACACAGAGCCUCCAGCUGAAGUUGUACUAGCUUGCCAACAAUUAGCUGAUGGUUUAGUAGAACGUUUGAUUGAAUUAGAAGAUACGGAUAACAAUCGAAUGCUUGGGUGCAUAACUACUAUACAUUUAUUAGCAAAAGCACGUCCUAAGCUUUUGGUUAAACACGCUAUCACUAUUGAGCCGUAUUUAAAUAUUAAAUGUCAUUCUACAGUAGCUCCAAAGUUCAUAUGUUCUGUGGCUGAAAUACUAGAGCAAGUAGUUCCACUAAUGGAACAUCCAAGUGAUUCAUUUUUAGCGGAUUUAGAAGGGCAUUUGAUGAUGUUGGUUGUGUCUUUAAAUCAAAAAGUUGUAGCGAGUUGUGUUUCGUGCUUGGGAUCGGUUGUAAAUAAGAUUACAAAAAACUAUAAACUUAUAAGAGAUUGCUUUUCAAAAUUUUACAAGAGUAUUUCAAGUAGUCGAGAUCAACUCAAACGAAAUCCAAAUUUACCAAUGGAUAGCAUAUAUCAACCAAUAUUUCGGCGCAGUUUGUACACGAUUGGAAUACUAAUGCGUUUUUUUGAUUUUAAAUCACCCAUGGUUUUAGGUACUGAGGAUGGUGAUAGAAUUACUCCAACAAUUUGUGAUGAAGUUUUUGAUUCUUUGAUGUUUUUUAUUACCGGUUCGAAUUUAGAAAUACGAAAACAAGCAUUGGUUUCAUUAGGAUUUUUUUGUGUCCAAAAUGACGACUAUUUGACUAGACCCGAAUUAAGAGACUUUUACUGUGAUCUUCUAACUUCAACAUCUGUUGAGCCAUAUAUCAAGUCGUAUUGUAUGCGAAAUAUAUGGAUGUAUUUAACAGAAACGGAAAUAAAUAUGUUUAAUAAAGAAAAAGAUUGGGCGAAGCAAUCACAAAUGGAUGACUUAAAAGAAAUGAAUGAUGUAUCGUCUGGUAUGGCAUCUAGAAUAAUUCAACUGUAUUUAAAUGGAAUAUUGAAAUGUUUUAUUCAUACUGAUUAUAAUGUAAGAUUAUGGGCAGUUAAAGUAGUUCAAAUUGUAUUACGUCAAGGUUUAGUUCAUCCAGUUAUUAUUGUUCCUUAUUUAAUAGCUUUAAGUACUGACGAAAAACAAGAAACAUCGCAUCGAUCUGAUCAUUUACUAAAAGAACUUGAUAAAACAUACACCGGGUUUGUUAAUAUGAAGGUCCAACAAGGUUUAGAAUUAUCGUUUCAGUUGCAAGAUGUACUGCAAAGUAAGUCAGAAGACGAUGUUAUUCGUGGUUAUAUUAAGCGCGACAACCAAGUUGUGGCAUUAAAUGAUUUCUUAUACACUCUCUUAAGGAACACAAAGCCACAAAGACGUGCAUUAGUUCAAACUGUUACAAAACAAUUUGAUGAUCAUAAAACAACAUUGAGGCAAAUGCUGUUCCUAGCCGAUAAUUUAGCAUACUUUCCGUAUAUGGUACAAGAUGAACCUCUCUAUCUAAUACAUCAAAUUGAUAUUUUAAUUUCAAAUACCGGAACAAGUUUAUUAGCAAAUUUUCGUGAAGGUUUAAAACCAGUGAAGACAGCUGUAGAAAAUACCGAAACAACAGAAAAAGUUUUGAGAGUUGAUGACGAUGACGAUGACGAAGAAGAUAAAGAACUACUAUUUGAAAGGUUACCUGAGGAUACCAAAGAAUUACAAAAAUGUAUUGUAUCUGCUCAAGGUUGCAUGUUACUGCUUUUAUUGAAACAACACUUAAAAGACAUGUAUGGUUUAACUGAUGGUAAAAUAUCAAGGUAUUCACCAAGUGAACCCAAAAUUUAUGAAAAAGCAAUAAAUCGAAAACAAGUAAAUGAUUUUCAGCCAAAAUCAACAAUUGACGUUAUUAAAAAGGGCAAAGAUAUUUAUAAAGAAUUAGAUGAUAAGGAAAAACGAGAUUUAAUAGAUAAAUAUUUAGAUUUUAAACAAUUAAUGUUACGUUUAGAUCCAGAUGAUGCUGAUUCAGAAAAUGAAGGCGAAGUCAAAUCAAAACUUAACACAACAACAGAUAAUUUAGGUAGUACUGAAACUGAAUCGAAUGAAAAUAAUACAAGUAAAAAUGACACAAAAUCACAACAAAGCCAACAAAAACAGCAACAAACAACUCAACAUCACCAGCAGCAAAACCAACAGCAACAGUCGCAAUCACAACAACAAACACAUUUUCAACAAGAAUUCUUACGAAGCAUAGGUUCAACACCACAAAACCCAAAUGUUCAAAGAUCAACUAGAACAUCAACAAAAACGCAAAAUCCCCCAAAAAAACCUCCUGUGCGUAGUACUCGAAAAAGAAAAAAACUUGCAUCAUCCGGUGAUGACGAUAGUGAUUAUAGCGAUUAUGAUUAAUUAUACAUACAUUGUAAUACUGCGUAUAAAAUAAUACAAUUAUAUAUUUUUUUUAUUUCAA